AUGGUUGCUGUGUUCAACAAGGAGCUCCUAAGUUGGUACCUCAUAACUCUCAAACUCAGAGAAACUUUAGAACCAAAUAUCCCAACAGCUCCUGCAGGCACCCCAUUGCUUGAAUAUCCAGUGCAGUCCAAGAAGGAAGUGCCCCAAGAAGAGCCAGCACCAUCAGAUUCCCUGCAGAUUCCCGUGAAAGACGAUGGUGCAAAGCCUGAAGAAGAGAAAACAAAAUCCCCCGAUGCAGAGUGGCUGAUCUCCAUCAAGGAAAGGCUUGAGCAAGCCAGCCUAGAAGACGAAGCGAGUUCUUGGGCCAAGUUAUCCAUCUACAAGAUACCCCACUAUUUGAGAGAAGGAGAUGACAAGGCCUAUGUUCCGCAGAUUGUCUCUUUGGGGCCUUAUCACCACGGAAAGAGACGGCUGCGCCAAAUGGACAGCCAUAAGUGGAGGUCCCUUCACCAUAUGCUUAAGCGUACGAAUCAAGACAUAAAGCUCUAUCUUGAUUCUGUAAGAGAACUUGAGGAGAAGGCUCGUUCCUUUUAUGAUGGGGCUAUCAGUCUUAGCAGCAAUGAUUUUGUAGAGAUGAUGGUUCUUGAUGGAUGCUUUGUGCUUGAACUGUUCCUGGGUGUUGCUGAGGGAUUCGAGCAACUUGGUUAUGCUAGAAAUGGUCCUAUUUUUGCAAUUCGGGGUUCAAUGCAUUCUAUUCAGAGAGACAUGAUAAUGCUAGAGAACCGGCUUCCUCUCUUUACACUUGAUAGGCUAUUAGGAUUGCAGUUCAACGAUCCUAACCAGAAAGGAUUUGUGGCCAAGCUCGCGCUAAGAUUUUUCGAUCCUUUAAUGCCGACAGAUGAGCCACUGACUAAAAGUGACAGGAAUAAGUUAGCAUCCUCUCUUGGACAUGCAACUGCCUUCGAUCCCUUGUCCGAUCAGGAAGGCCUUCAUUGCUUGGAUGUUUUCAGAAGAAGCCUCUUGCGCACAGGGCCUAAGCCGACCCCUAAACUUAGGAUCAGGCGAUGGUCGCAGACGAGCCGGGUUGCGGAUAAACGGCGCCAGCAGUUGAUCCACUGCGUUACAGAGCUCAGAGAAGCUGGCAUCGAACUCAAGGAAAGGAAAACAGAUCGGUUUUGGGACAUAAAAUUCGAGGAUGGGGUUCUCCGGAUCCCAAGACUGUUGAUCCAUGAUGGUACUAAAUCACUUUUCCUCAAUCUCAUUGCAUUUGAGCAGUGUCAUCUUGAUUCCAGCAAUGACAUUACUUCAUAUGUGAUAUUCAUGGAUAACUUGAUUAAUUCCCCUGAGGAUGUAGCAUACCUUCAUUAUUGUGGCAUUAUUGAGCAUUGGCUGGGCAGUGAUGCUGAAGUUGCAGACCUCUUCAACCGCCUCUGUCAAGAGGUGGUUUUUGAUAUAAAUAACAGUUACCUUUCCCGCUUGUCCGAGGAUGUAAACCAAUAUUACAAUCACAAGUGGAACACGUGGCGUGCAAGUCUGAAGCAUAACUAUUUUAACAAUCAUUGGGCCAUCAUCUCAGUUGCUGCCAUCAUCUCAUGUGGUGCUGCUGUUACUCACUUUGACACAGACUUUCUAUGGGGUUUAUGCCUACUACAAGCCAAGUUCUUGAUUUCUGUUAUAUUCUUGAAAGUUUUCAGUUCCAGCAGUUCACACAUAUGUUUUGCUUGUAGAAGUUAUUCCAUUUUAAGCUGA